AUGAUACAAAUAAACAGUUCUUAUAACAAUGCUCGUGAUCAUUAUAAGAAUUCUCUUGAACAGUAUAACAAUUUUCCUGAUCCUUAUAACAAUUUUUUUGAUCAUUAUAACCAUUCUCUUGAUCAUUAUAACCGUUCUCUUGAUCAUUAUAACAGUUCUCUUGAUCAUUAUAACAGUUCUCUUGAUCAUUAUAACAAUUUUCCUGAUCCUUAUAACCACUUUCUUGAUCACUAUAACAAUUUUCCUGAUCAUUAUAACCACUUUCUUGAUCAUUAUAACUAUUCUCUUGAUCAUUAUAACAGUUCUCUUGAUCAUUAUAAACGUUCUCUUGAUCAUUAUAACAGUUCUCUUGUUCAUUAUAAUAAUUCUCCUGAUCAUUAUAACAAUACUCUUGAUCAUUAUAACCGUUCUCUUGUCCAUUAUAAUCAUUCUCUUGAUCAUUAUAACAAUCAUUCUCUUGAUCAUGAUAACAAUUUUCUUGAUCAGUAUAACCGUUCUCUUGUCCAUGAUAACGAUGAAGACUGGCUUUCCGUCCUUGCUCUGGGUGAAAUGCUUAAUCUAUCUAUCUAUCUAUCUAUCUAUCUAUCUAUCUAUCUAUCUAUCUAUGUCAAUAUAAGCUAA